AUGGCGUGCGUGACAACGUUUAGGCGGUGCCUACACGAAAGUCACAUCGAAAUCACCCAGGAACCUUGUAAUGGCCCUAGACCCCUAGGCCCUUACCAUUUAAACGGCACCCUCCCUCGUUUACCCCACUCGGGGGCCGCGGGGGCCGCCGGGGGCAUCCCCGCAUUUGCCAGCCUGCGCGCCCCCCCCCGGUUGCACUCCCCCCCAGAGCCCCCCGAGUCAGCUGCGGGUGGGCCGGCCCCCCUUUGCCCUCGGACGGGACUGCGAGCUGCGCACGGCCUCUUUUGGGCCACCAGAGGCCCCCCCCCACAUCCCCAGAGCCUCCUGCCCCCGAAGCAGUCCCCGGCUCGCCCCCAUCGGAGCCACCCCCCUUCGCUCCGGCCCCCCCCACCGGAUAGAAAGCCAGGGAAAAGAGAACCGAUGGGCUCCCCCCCUUCCAGCGCCCCCCCGGGCAAGCCCCCCUUCCCCAGGGCCCCUUCAGAAGUCCCACGGGCAGCCCCGGUCCUCUCCCGGCCCCACUCCUCCCCGAACCCCCAAAACCGCCUUUACGCCGUGAGGCGCCCGCGUUUCCCCCCAGAUUUCGUGCGCCAGGAGAUCCUUCAAGGGGGGCCGUCGGCCAAGGGUGAGGAGCCGCAGGGGACAGCGUCCCGUGCCAGCAGCCCCAGCAAGAGAUAA